CGGGCGGCGCCGCGCGCUCCGCGGUAAGAGGCGGGAGCGGCGCCCGCCGCCCGCGCGGGGUGCCGGUGCCCGGACACCAUGAGGGAGGCGGAAAUCAGGAGGCUCCUGGCUGCAAACCUCCUCUGCGCUCUGUCCAUCGUCCUGGCCGCGGUGGCCCCGGCUUUCUUCCUGGACGGAUUCAGCGUCCUGGGAACGCACCUCACGUGGCUAUGUGUUUGUUCUGUUUGUGUUGCUACCCUUAAUAUAGUCUUGCACUUAGUCCUUAAACCAAAUCAGUUUCCUAAGAGACGUUCCUUUGCUCACAAGAUAUCCAGAUUUCUAAAAUGCUGUAUAUACUUUUUCAUGUCUUGCAUACUAUUUCAUGCGAUUAUUGUUCUUUAUGGAGCACCUCUCAUAGAGUUAGUGACUGAGACGUUUUUGUUUGCAGUUCUUCUGUCUACAUUCACUACUUUACAAUGCUUGUGUUUGCUGGGACCAAACAUACAGGCAUGGAUACGGGUAUUUAGUAAAAAUGGAGCUAUGUCCAUAUGGGAAAGCAGUCUACAGAUUACUUCCAUGUGCAGUAUACUUGGAGCUUGGUUUGGAGCAUUUCCUAUUCCUCUUGACUGGGAUCGGCCUUGGCAGGUAUGGCCCAUUUCCUGUUCCCUUGGAGCUACCUUUGGCUAUAUGGCUGGUCUGAUUAUUGCACCUCUGUGGAUACACUGGAACCGGAAGCAGCUUACAUACAAAAGCAGAUAACUGGAGCAAAAAGAGACAAGGUAUUUCUUUGUGCAGAUUCCAUACAGACUGCAAAAGUUGGGGUUUUUUAAGAUAUAUAUAUAUAUAUAUAGUCAAAGCAGAAGAGUGUCCAAAUUCAGUUAAGAGUAUUUCAGGCCAAGCAUCUCCACUCAGUAAAAUCACAUAGAUGCCAUUUCGGCAUGGUGCAGUUUUUGCUUCCUCUAGACUGUGUAACCCUGAGAGAUUGUACCUUCCAGUCUGAAUAAAAUAUUUGUAACAGA